AUGAUGUGCAGACUUUUCCUGUCCUGGACCCUGCUGCUCUCCGUCUCCGGGUCCCUCCUCGCGCAUCCCAUCACAGACUCUACGGAGAUGGCCUACUCCGGGCCAGUGUCGGCGGAGGAGGGUCCGGCGCUCAGUGUGGAUGAGCCGUCUCUGUCUGACCAGGCCUACCUCUCCCAGAGCGGCACGGCCCUCGGCUAUCCCACCCUGCUGGCCCGAGAGCUCAGCAGAGAUGGUCUCAGAACAGCAGGAUUCUUCCCCCGAGAAGCACUCAAGGAGGUCCUUCUGGAGAAGCAGAGCAGGCUGAACCCCCUCAUCCGUUUCCUAGGCACCAGGAAGCAGUACAGGAAGCGAGGGAAUACAUCUGAGUGUUUCUGGAAGUACUGUGUUUGA